AUGCUAGCACAAAGUACAGCUGAAUCGUCUACCUUUGAUGUAACUCUUAUGAUAUGCACACUCAGGAAUCUAGCUAACAUAAACAUUCAAGAUAACCUCCCAGUAUCUACUGAUAGAACUGAUGAGGCAGCUUUGUCAAGAAUAAAAUUUUAUCGAAAUGAGAUUGCUCAUAAUGAUAGUGGAACUUUGACAGAAAAACAAUUUCACCAGUACUGGGACGAAAUUAGUCAGGCUAUUAUUCUACUUGGAGGACAAAAUUACACGCAACUGUGUGCAGAUUUGAAAGUCUGUAAGCUUGAUGGCCAUGACAAAGAAGUUUUGAUAGAACUUAGAAAUAUCAGAGGCGAAACUAUACCGAAAGGAGCAAUAGUUGUUCAUAACAGUCUAUUAGAAGAAUGGUCCACUUUUGAUGAAAAGGUUGUUCAAACCAGAGCUAUCAAAAGAAUAUUAGAACUUCUAGAAGAAGAAGACGUGUUGACAGUAAUUGGUCCGCCAGGAUGUGGCAAAUCGACAGCUAUUCACCAUGCUGCUCUACAGCUACGUGAUAAAGAGGAUUAUGUUAUCGUUCCUGUCAAUUUUCCCGGUGAAAUCAUACAGUACUAUAAUCCAGAGUGCAAACAAGUAUUUGUGUGUGAUGAUAUAUGUGGUGAAUAUGCCAUUGACACUCCAAUGUUGAGCAAUUGGUGUAGGUUGUCAAAUGCAAUACAAUGUAACAAAGAUAUUCGUAGCUACUAUGGGCAUACACCACUCUACUUUGCAUCAAUGUUAGGUCAUACAGAAGUUGUUGCAUUUUUGUUAGAAAAUAAGAGUGAUGCUAAUAUUUGCAGUAAAAACAAUACCACCGCAUUGCAUGCUGCCUGUCGCUUUGACAAGAUGAACUUCUCGACAAAACCACAUUCAUCAUUUAAUAUGACUCCACUUUUUGUUGCAUCAUCAAAUGGAAAUGUUGAUCUAGUUAAAUUGUUGUUAGAGCACAACGCCAAUCCAAAUUGGGGAAAUCGGUUUAACGAAACUCCAUUAUAUUCUGCAACUGAAAAAGGAAAAAUAGAAAUUGUAAAUAUGCUUUUAGAAUUUAAUGCUGAUCCAAAUUUAUGUAACAAUCAUAAUGUAUCACCCCUGCAAGCGGCAGCAACUGUAAAAGAAUUUUCAGAAAUUGUUUCCUUGCUAUUAUAUAAUGGAGCAAAUCCUCACCAUGGUGACAAUGACAAUGACCCCCUAUUAAUCCUUGCUACACAUAUAUAUUCUUAUGAUAUUAUUGAGCUGCUGUUGAAAUUUAAUGCUGAUCCAAAUAUUUGCAAUGGCAAAGGAGAGACGUGUUUGCACCUGGCUUCCCGAAUUGGUGCAAUUGAAAUUGUUAGAAUACUACUAGAAAACAAUGCGGAUCCAAACGUUGUGGAUUAUAGUUUGAUGAAAACACCACUGUAUAUAGCGUCACAUGCUUUACGUCACUCGGUGUUUAUUAAAUCUAGUGUUCGGAGAAACAAUAUAGUCAUAGGUUUGGAAAAACCACACAUUCGCCCAUUCCAAGACGACGUUUCAGAGUUGGUUCACCAAGAUUUGGGGAAAACCGUCAAGUUAUUAUUAAGGUAUAAAGCUGAUCCAUUAAGCGUUGUUUAA